CGUCGCUGUGGAGGAAUGUGCAGAAACUUUUCUUCUUUCUGAUUUUCAUCGAAGAAAAAGAAGAAAAAACGUGAACUGGAGUCAGAGAAGCUUCCUCAGAGAUCCAGAGAGAGGACCGGCAGCAGGCGCUUCUCGUGCUGAACAUGGCGGCUCAGACGGUGUUUCCUGUGGAGAUGUUUCCUGGGGGAGUUUCCCUGAUGGAGGACGCUCAGAGCGACUUCCCCAGAAACACGCUGCCCGCUCCUCAGCUGGUGAUGCUGGCUAACGUAGCGGCGGCAGAGGGAGGCGGCGGCGGGGGGGGCGAUGGUGGAGCGACCGACGAGAAGGAGAUGAUGGAGCUGAAGACUGUUGGAUGCAGCUACUCAGACAGCGAAGAUGAGAGCAUCAUCAGGUACAGCUACGACAACCAGAACCACAGAGAGGUCUGCAUCAUCGAGUACCCCGAGUCUCCGGGCCCGGGCAUCGUCGCCGUGGUCGUAGGAAACGACGAGGAGGAAGAUGAGGAGGAAGACGACGGGGACAAAGCCGAAGACCUGUCGCGUAACCCUGAGACUCGAACCUCAGCCGGCAGCAAAGCGCCGCCGCCGCCGCCGAGCGCCAAACGUAAAGACGGCAUCGCAGCGGUAACCGUGGAGGCGCCAAAGAAGAAGAAGCCGUUCCACUGUAAACCUUGUCACUUCCAGGCUCAGAACGAGCAGGAGUUUGUGGAUCACCUGAGCACGCACGCCGUUAGCAAGAUGAUGGUGGUCAACCGCGUGGAGGGGCGGAGCAAGGCCAAGACCAAGGAGGCGGAGUCACCUGACUCACAGGCAGCUUCAGGUGGGGAGGGGGAGAGCGGGGGGGAGGCAGGCGGAGACAGCAAAGGGCUGAUCCGGUGUGAGCGGUGCGGAUACAACACCAACCGCUACGACCAUUACAUCGCUCACCUGAAGCACCACAGCAAGGAGGGAGAGGACCACAGGGUGUUUAAGUGUACUCUGUGCCCGUACACCACCGUCAGUCAGUAUCACUGGAGGAAACACCUGAGGAACCAUUUCCCCAGCAAACUGCACACCUGCAGCCAGUGCUCCUACUUCUCUGACCGCAAGAGCAACUACAUCCAGCACAUCCGCACACACACAGGUGUGCGUCCUUUCCAGUGUCCAUACUGUGACUACUCCAGUUCACAGAAGACCCACCUGACCAGACACAUGAGGACUCACUCCGGUGAGCGGCCUUUCAAGUGUGAGAGCUGUAACUACUUGGCAGCCAAUCAGCACGAAGUGACCCGCCACGCCCGACAGGUGCACAACGGCCCCAAACCUCUGGCCUGCCCGUACUGCGACUACAAGACCGCAGACCGCAGCAACUUCAAGAAGCACGUGGAGUUGCACCUGAACCCUCGCCAGUUCCUCUGCCCGCUCUGCAAGUACGCCGCCUCCAAGAAAUGCAACCUGCAGUACCACAUCAAGUCCCGACACUCCGGCUGCAAGGCUCCCGUGGACGUCUCUAAGGUCAAACUGCGCAUCAAGAAACCCGGCACCGACGACGGCUCCAAAGCCAACAAGUUUGAGAAUUCAUCUAGUGUGGAGGAGGACAUCGACGUGGACGAAGACGAGGAGCUCGAUCCCAUCGAAAAACAAUCGAGUCCCAUCAAUCUGUCAAUCAAGAAGAGCAGCAAGCCCAGCGUUGCCCAACCGGCGCAGAGCGAAACACCCGACAAGGUCCAGAAGAAAGCCAACGUCGCCUCUGAGAAAGACAAACCACCAAAGACGAAGGACAAGGUGGAGCCGGAGAAAAAGGUCUCAACGAGGCAGAAGAAGAUGGAGAAGAUCAGCGAGAGUCCUGCCGAGAGCUCAGGAACUCAGACAGAGACUCCAGCUGCUGUCAACGCUGACAACAAAACCAAGAGACGAGUCAAGAAGCUGCCGGCAGAGAAAACUGCUGUCCAAGACCAGGCAGAAGUACCCGAACCUGAAAAAGACCAGAAGGAGACGUCUGACCCACAGAGAGCCGUGGAGGAAAGAGCAGUGAGACAGAAAGUAGAGAAAGAGGAAGAGAAGAAGCCUGAGGAGAAAGAGAAAGAACAGCUGAAGACCGAGAGCAGCGGAAAGGAGAACAAAAGCCUCAACAAGCUGAGGAAGUCUGGAUCAAAGAAGUCCGAGAAAAGUGCUGAAUGUGCCGAAGCAGCUGUGCAGAAACCAGGAGGCGCUGAGAAAAAGGAAAAGGCUGUCAAAGAAAAGGCAGCGAAGAGGAAAGCGGUGGAGGCUUUAGACCUUUCCAAGAAGUCCUCGUCUGAGACGCCCGCAAAGACCAGGCGGAUGAAAGCCUCAGCUGCCGAAAAGCCGCCAUCAAAACCGGCUUCAGAGGACACGAACAAGUCACUCGAUGCCACUCCAACACAACUCAAGUCCACCGGGACUCCAUCGAAGCAGAAGAAGACCAGGCCCUCCAACCAGAAAGCCACCGCACUCCAGCAGACCGCUAAAGACAAGACGAGCAGUCCGCCAGCCGCUCAGCUGCUCCAGCCGCCGGCCGACCCCCCCCAGGAGGAAACGCCUCCGUCAGUGCUGCAGACUCCUGACAGACCCUCAGAGAAGAUGGACGUGACGCCUCCCGCUGCCGAGGACCGCCCUGCUCCAACCUUCGCCAAACCCACAUCGCCGCCGUCUCUGGUGCUGCCGGGCCAGCGCAGCAAACCCGCCGACCCCGAGGACGACGAGGGCAUCCACAGCAGCCACGAGGGAGGAAGUGACAUCAGCGACAGCGCCUCCGAGGGCAGCGACGACUCCGGCCUGAACGGUAACGGAGGCGCCGGUUCGGGGAAGAUGGCGAACGACCCCGAAACGCCCACGGACGAAAUCCCGACGCCGACCGAGCUCAAGAGCCACAUGUGCAUCUUCUGCGACCGCACGUUCCCUCUGGAGGCCGAGUACCGGCGCCACCUGAACCGCCACCUGGUCAACGUCUACUACAUGGACGCCGCCAAGGGGCAGAACUGAAGUCCCGUUUCCAUGGCGACUCGGCCUGCGAGGACUCGAAGCAGAAACUUUAUAUUCGGGCCGUCAGAAACCAGAGCGAGUUUAUGUCCUGAAACACGGUUACAUACAACACAUGGAACCUUUAAAAGUCGUCUGCCAGCAGGAGGCGCCGUCGUUUAUCUGAAUAUUUAAUGUUCAAAUGUUGAGUUUUCUGUUGAAGCUUCAUUCAGACAUCACUUUACUGUCUGUGGUGCGCCACUGCACCUUACUGUCACCUACUGCCCCUACUGCCCCCUACUGCCCCUACUGUCACCUACUGCCCCUACUGUCAUCUACUGCCCCCUACU